UUGACCCAGACUGACUCCCAACAUGGAGGCGCUGGGGGGAUACCCCACCAAAUCCUCUGCCUUUAGAGCUAAACUCUUCAAAGUAUUGCUAAGUGUAGCGUUGUGCAUGGGCUCGCUGUAUUUAAUCCAAAAUAAACUCUCUAAGUCUCGCAAACCGAAAGAUUUCUACUCGUAUGAAGUGAAGGACGCGAGAGGAAGGACCAUGUCACUGGAAAAGUAUCGGGGGAAAGUCUCACUGGUUGUAAACGUGGCGAGUGGCAGUGAGUUAACGGAGCAGAAUUAUGGAUCUCUGCAAGAGCUUCACCGAGAGCUCGGCACGUCCCAUUUCAACGUGCUCGCUUUUCCGUGCUCGCAAUACGGCGACACCGAGACAGGUACGAGUCGAGACAUCGAGGCAUUCGCCAGAUCAAACUAUGGUGUGACGUUCCCAAUAUUCAGCAAGAUCAAAAUCAUGGGGUCGGAGGCGGAGCCUGCCUUUAAAUUCAUUACAGAUUCAGUACAGAGAAUACCAAAAUGGAACUUCUGGAAGUUUCUUGUGAAUCCCGAGGGUCAGGUGGUUCAUUUCUGGAAGCCUGAGGAGCCCAUCGAGGAGAUUCGUAAGGAAGCCAUAGUGCUCGUGCGGAACAUCAUACUGAAGAAAAGACAGGAACUAUGACAGACCAAAAAACUAACUUUCAGAUACUCAAAAUUAAUUCCUUCAGUAGGCACGUUUUAGUGCACAUAGAUCAUCGGUGCCAAAAUCCUGAGCCCUUUAUCUUUGGCGAUCUUCAUUUGCCUGGGGCGAUCAUUGAGAGUAAAGUGUUUUGAGUCAAGUGAAUUAAUAGGAUAAAGGACACUGCUUGUGCGUGUGAGAAUAAAUAGAUUUUUGUGAUUGAAGUAUGGUUUUGAAAAA